AAUAACAUUUUUUUUCUGCUGUAUGAUUCUUCAAGACUCGUUAUCGCUGGAUAAAGUGUUAUUCGCAGUAGAAAGAAUUGAUGCAGUUAGCAAAAUCAGUUGAGCUGUGGAUAAUAAAGGAAUAAUCUGUUGCUUAAGAUCAUAAGGUUAAUUCUAUAACAUGCCUGUUAGUAUACAUUCUAUGAACUCGCGGCAUUGUUAUUGAUUUCCACGUGAUUAAUCAUUCAUGUAAAGAUACAUCCGGCUGCAUACAGCUGUUGACUUACAGGUGUCUAUGGAUAAUUAACGUUUUUAUGUUUUUGUUUAUGCGGUAAAGGCUGAUGAGGAAUUAAUUUAUACAAGAAACUAACAUCUUGCCUUAUGACGCUUUCUUUUUUUUUGUGAAUGAAUAUAUUUUGAUAUUUCCGAUUGUGGUAUAGUUGUAGAACGUGAUAAAGUGCAUUCGAACGGAAUUAUUUAAAAGAUUCCGAUAUAUCCGUAUUGGAUUAGGAAAAAAGUACUUAAGAUGGUAAAAUGCAGUAUCAUCAGACUGGAGUUUUCUUUUCUCGAAAAAACUGGCGCCCGUCCUGGUAGUUUGAAAAGAGUUCACCGUCUGCUUAUGUUAAAGGAUAUAGUUUUAUCAUAUUUGAAGUGCUCUGUUUUGAUUUAAAAAAAUAAUUUACCAUAUAUUUACUUUACACUGGAAUAGAGUCAAACGAAUUCUUGUUGUCAUAUUCCUCGUGCACGAGAAGCUGGAUGUUUCGAAUGAUCUUAUACCGCCUUUUCCCGCCUUUACGGAAGCACCUGCUACUGACAAAGGAGACACAUCAUGAUAUCGAUGAUUUGGAGAUGCAGGUGGUCCGGUAUAAACCAGAGGGUCUAGAUAUUCUAUGUAAAAACACCAAGUUUACCAGGAAAGAAUUACAGAUCAUGUACAGGGGAUUCAAACAGGAAUGCCCGACGGGUAUUGUAAACGAAGAGACUUUUAAAGAAAUCUACGCUCAAUUUUUCCCACAGGGUGAUUCCAGCACUUAUGCUCACUAUGUAUUUAUGACAUUUGACCACGAUCGGAACGGCUCCAUCAGUUUCGAGGAAUUCGUAAUGGGAUUAUCAGUUCUUGCACGUGGAAGUCUACCAGAGCGGUUACAGUGGGCUUUUAAUCUAUAUGACAUAAAUGGAGAUGGAAUCAUAACCAAAGAUGAGAUGACAGAUAUAGUGGGAGCCAUAUAUGAAAUGAUGGGCAGAUUUACCCUACCUGUUGUUGAAGAAUAUAGCGCGCGUGAACAUGUAGAUAAAGUGUUUUCGAAAAUGGACCUAAACAAAGACGGUGUGAUAUCAUUUGAAGAAUUUAUGGAUUCUUGUCGGAUGGACGAGAACAUAGUUCGAGGAAUGACAUUAUUCGAUACUGUGCUCUAGCAUUUUGUCCAUUAUCAUCGUUCUACUACACACUUCACCCACAUUCGAGAAAUUUCCACAUGUUGAUAUCUACUUCCACGCUGUCUACCAAGGACCUCAAUGAUCUGUAUAUUAAACCUAGCUAUUUGUACUACUUGCACCAAGCAGUGAGAUGGACAGUUUUAUACACGAGGAAAUUCAAGGGACAAAGUGUGAAGUAAUUAAUGCACUAAUGAACUUUUUUUCUCUUUAAUGCUGCCUAAUUUAGGUAGAAAUUUAUUAUUCUGCUGGAAAUACUUCGCACAUUCAGUACUAAAAGUUUAUGGAUGAUCGUUGAAAUAGUUUGGUUAGGUUAUGCACAUUAUCAGAAAGGCAAAAUAGAUAUACACACUGCCACUCUAGUGACACUUACCAUUACAGUUGAACACGGGUAAAUUAAGUAUUAUAGACUCUGCGAACUGCUACUGUAAUAUGCGUUCUUCAGAAUAACAUGUUCAUUUUUAUAAACGAUGUUUAAAAAGGUAAUAAGGCCUCAGAUGCCUUAGCUUUUGGAGUUUAUUAUCGUUUUAUAAGAUUUGCACCACAGUGUGUGUUAAUAAAAAUAUUGAAUGUUUUAAAAAGUUAUCAAGUAAAACAAGUUUGUCAUUUAGAAUUGUCCACUGGAUUAUAUUUGCUAAGUGCGCUAACAGCUGUCUCAAUAUGCUACAUUUUGAAACGAAUAACUUUCAUAUGAACAGUGUUGUUUAUAUCGCAUUAUUUCUUUCUCAUAUUGCAUACCAUACUGUAAAUAUUAUACAUGUUUUACAUCUUGAACAUGCCACUUUCAGAAUUAUAUAUUAUUUAUAUUUUACAUGUACUCGUUCUUUGGGAAUCUAAGCGAAUGAGAACUAAGCGUAAAUAUUAAUCCAUUGUUUGUUAAACUUUAAACUCAGAUACUACUUUGCCGUUCUGUUUUAUAUACUUUUAAUUUUCUAAUCAAAGAGAAAUACUUGUAGAAAGUUUGAAGUUUAUUCAUUCAUAUUAGAAAAAAGAUUUAUUGAAAUACAGUAAUAUUAUUAUUCACUUUUUUGGUAUAGUGCAGUAUAGCUCGGUUGUAGGGGCAUCCGUAGCAGAAUGGUUAAAGUCGCCGAUUUCAAAUCACUUUCCUCUUACCGAUGUGGGUUCGAGCCUUUCUCGGGGUGUUGAAUUCUUCAUGUGAGGAGACCAUCCAGCUGGCUUACGAAAGGUCGGUGGUUCUACCCAGGUGCCCGUCCUUGAUGAAAUAAUGCACGGAGAGGCAUCUAGGGUCUUCAUCCACCAUCAGCCAUAUGACAUAUAAUAUUGUGUCAGUGCGACGUUAAACCCAACAAAAAAUUAGCUCGGUUGUAAUUAGUUUAUGAUUCCCAAAGUAACGCACGUCCUACCAUGUCAUAUAUUGUAAAUAGUUCUGGUUUACCACUUCUAUAUAUAAUGAAAUAUGAUUUGAACCGCACCAUGGGAAAACCAACAUAGCGGCUUUGCGACCAGCGUGGAUGAUGACCAGACUGCGCGGAUGCGCAGGCUGGUCUGGAUCCAUGCUUGUUGCAAAGCCACUAUGUUUGUUUACUCAUGGCACGGCUCAUUUGUUUGAUAUUUUACCGAUGCGUGAUUCACAUAACGAAGAUGGUGUAUCUGUUCUCAUCUACUUUAUGACCAAUAAGAUUUAGCCACUUAUGUUUGAAUGUUUCCAGUAAAAAAAUGGCACGGACUGAAUGCUAUUUUUAAAGUUAAAGUCAAACUGAUAUCGCGUGGAUUUUUUAUUGCAAAAACACUAUGUUGAUCUGCAUAGAGUUUGAAUAUUCUCGCUUGAUACAUAAUUGUUAAUUCAAUUGUUAUAAUAUAACGUAAAUAUUGGAUCAAAAGCCUACAUUAACUUGCACACAGUAUUAUUUUGCAGUAAAUGUAUUUGGACAUGACCUAAUAACUAAAAAACAGAUAUGGACAUUCCUUGGCAAAGCCUGUAUAAGUGAUAGAAUGAGAUAAAAAAAGAACAUCAAAAAUUGCAAUUCUGCUAAUCUGAACAUUUGAAGAAAUUAUUGUCUGCAUUUCAAGAGUUACAAGAGUUCUUUUAGAUAAGUCACAAGAUUCGUUAAAAAGACGUGACGUCUACAACGUCGUGAAAGCAGUAUGACGUCGUCAUAUAUGACGUGUAUAUUUCGACAAAUUAUGUAUAUCGCUAUUGACAUUGCCUAUGACAUUAUACAUUAGAAUACUGAGUGACACUUUGAAAAAAAAAUACUGAAAGACUUGACAGUGUCUUUUUGGUUACAUCACGUGCCUUUUAUAUUAGAAAUUCUCUAGUCUUCACAUGGGUGUUUUUGAAUUUUGGAUGGCAACACAAAUAACAUUUUUCUGACCGUAAAAUUUGAUAGAAUUUGAACUGUCGUAAAUAACUGAAUUACAAUAAACUGAAAAAAAAAACUUUAACUAAUUUCUAGUAUUUUGCACAGUCAAGAGAAAACAAUGAUUUUGCAGUAUUUCGCAAACAUUAUAUGAGCCGUGCCAUGAGAAAACCAACAUAGUGGGUUUGCGACCAGCAUGGAUUCAGACCAGCCUGCGCAUCCGCGCAGUCUGGUCAGGCUCCAUGCUGUUCGCUUUUAAAGCCUAUUGGAAUGGGAGAAACUGUUAGCGAACAGCAUGGAUCCUGACCAGACUGCGCGGAUGCGCAGGCUGGUCUGGAUCCAUGCUGGUCGCACACCCACUAUGUUGGUUUUCUCAUGGCACGGCUCAUAUCUUGUCACUAGUACAGGCUUUUCAUGUAGUGUCAUAGAUAUAACAUUUAAAUGGUUUCGCAUUGUAGUCCAAUUUUCGUAUUGUUUACGCAAUUUGUAGUAUUUAACAAAUCUCUGUUUAAAUGAAAAUGGUUUGAAAUACUGUAUGUUCCACUUAAAUAUUUGAAUAUAUCAUACACGUAUUAUCUUUAAUGAUUUACGUUUGAUGUCUCUUUAAAAUCAUCUAACUUACUAAACCUGAGCAAAUAUAUUGCAAAUAAUGAGUUUUAAAAAUGUAUUUGUCAGUUUACUAACGAUAAUUUAUGACUGCAGUUUGUAAAUCCUUGUUACUUUAAACAAUGCUGCAGGCUUAUGAUUAUAAAAAUUCUUGUUUCUGUUAAAAAAGUGUAUGUGUUUUGUAUAAAUGUUAUUGGAACAGAUAAUAAAUUGUUACAUUUUCCUAA